GGUGACUUAGACACCGACCACAAGAUAUGUCAAAAACGGAGGUAAUUGUCAAACAAGGCUCUUCAGUUGAGUCAUUUGUGGAGCGUGUAAUUGCUGCUGUACUUCCAGAUGACUCGGAUCGUCCAGGUGGCCAUGCCACCGGCAAAGUAGCCUCGCUACAAGGAGCAGGAUCAGCUACUCCGAAGGCCAUUACAAUUGUCGAAAUUGUAAAAAGACUGGAUGAAUCACGUCUCAAGUGGUGGCAGUACAAAUGAGCUCGAGAGCGCGGACCCGCCCAGGUCAGAAGCCGACGAGGUCACAGAAGAAAGCCGAGUAUCAGGGUUGGCUCUGGAAAAGAGGACAGAUCACAAGAAGCCAAGGUUAACAAUGACGAUCGACUUGGCAGCAUUAGUAAUGCGCAGUCAAGCAAUGCGAGUUAUUGGUUUGGAUGUGGGUUAAGGUGGGUCUUAAUCUUUCUCCCAUGGCCAGUCAGAGCAGUGUGGCAUGACCACAUAUAAUAAGCAUGGGCUCCAUCACGAGUUGAGCACCGGUUGCUACGAAGCAGGCAUAUCAUUAUACCGGUGCUCGCAGUGAAAGUGCGAAGGCGUCGCAUUGAGUAUCGGGUCAAUUGAGCCGUCGAGCUCCGCUACCAUUUGUCGGCUCGGGGAAGUCAUAUAGUUGCUUUGAUAUCGCUGGCCGAAUGGAAUGAAGGAAGAGGAAAAACAGGUGUAAGAACGGCUAUGUCGAU